UAAGCAUCGCCUCAUAGGUCUCCCUCUCCGCCUCCCGUCCACCCUCGCCGCGGCCGCUGCAACGCGCUUCUCUUCUCCAACGCCGACUCGCAAUCCCACUCUCUCAGAAGAAUCAGAGAAAAAAGGGAUUCCAAGACCUCAAGUAACGAUGACCGACCACGUUCAGGAGCAGGAGAUGGAAAUCGAAGCUCUACAAGCCAUCCUCAUGGACGACAUCAAAGAGAUUGAUUCCACUGAGAGUGGGUUGAGCACAAACAAUCGGUGCUUCCAAAUUGUAUUGUCCCCACAGGAUGAUGAUAUGGAUGAGUCAAAUUACACGCCAGUUAAAUUGGCUUUGAUAUUCUCUCAUAGUGAAAAGUAUCCAGAUGAACCCCCACUUCUGAAUAUUAAAAGUGUACGAGGAAUUAAAUCUGAGGAUCUUUCAGUGCUAAAAGAAAAGUUUGAGAAAGAGAUGGCUGAGAAUCUUGGCAUGGCAAUGAUCUAUACACUUGUCACAUCUGCUAAAGAGUGGUUAAGUGAAAAAUUUGGGCAUGAGGUUGUGGCUGAGGAUUCUGAAGUAACCGAUACAGUUAAAGAUGAUAUAAUCGUUCCCCAUGGAGAACCGGUUACUGUAGAAACUUUUAUUGCCUGGAGAGAACGAUUUGAAGCUGAAUUAGCACUAGAACGAGCCAAGCUAAUGCCAGAUUCUGCACUUGCAGCCCCCAAGGAGAAGAAGCUUUCAGGAAGGCAGUGGUUUGAGAGUGGAAGACAUACAGCGAAAGGUGCAGCUGCAGUUGCUGAGGGAUCUGAGGAGGAAGAUGAAGAGGACAUUGACCUGGAUGAUGACUUUGAAGAUGAUGAAGAAGAUAUGCUUGAGCACUAUUUGGCACAGAGGCCCGAUAAAUCAUCGGAAGGAUCCAGAAAGUGAAAAUUGCUUACUUCCUUAUCGAGCUUGAUAUGCUAAGAUCCCUGCAUGGACCAGCUUUUCGGAUUUUGAUCAACCAGGCUGAAGUCAAUUCUAGUUAUGUUGGAACAGGUGGUGCUGUGAGGAAAUCUUUUGAAUUUUGCUGCUGAGGCCUAAUUGUAUGAGUCAUUAUCGUAGCAGCAACAUCAAUCCUUUGUGUCGUGGAAUGUAUUAUCUGAACCUCUUUUUUCUUUGAUAUGUUUACAGUUUUUAAUUGCAUGUCAUAACAUCAAAAUCUAUCAUUACUAUGAUAGCAACAUCCUCCUCUAAUAUCUUCAAGUCAUUUUGCUGU